UUCUUUUUUCUUGCUCUACAUCACUACCCUCACUUUUUUCGCAAGACUAGCGAGCAGCCUCAUAUAAUCGUUUACAUAAACAAAACAGCCACCAACACCUUCUAAACAGUGCGAUGAUUUUUAAGAGCCUUCUGCCCUCAGCCGAGAUCCCUACUCUCGACAUCCCAACAUUCUACCUGGGCGCAUCCAAGGUCAACGGCGCCACACCUGACACGCUGGCAUACGUGGAUAUUGCCACCAGAAAGGCGCUGACCUACGGCCAGCUCGAAGAUAUGCAUGAUAGGAUUGCAUCAGGUUUGGUCAAUAACUUUGGCCUCAAGAAGGGUGACAUUGUCAUGAUCUUUGCCUCAAACAGCAUCUACUAUGCGCCUGCAUACUUUGGGAUUCUCGCUUCGGGUGCCGUGUGCUGCACUGCCAGCAGCGUGUUCAAUGCGUCAGAGAUUGCGUACCAGUUCAAUGACUGUGGUGCAAAGGUUGUCUUUGUCACCAAGUCGCAGGAGAAGGUCAUGGCGCAAGCUAUCGAUGAAGGGCUGGUCAAAGUCAGCCCCCAAAACGUCGUCAGUCUUGAGGAUGUGCCAUCGGAUCCCCGUUUCACGAGCAUGCAAACAAUGUUGUCAGACAAGGCGUACACGCGCUUUCAAAUCACAACCAAGGAGGAGUCUGCAAACACUCUGGCAACCAUCGUCUACUCGUCGGGCACCACUGGUCGGCCUAAGGGAGUUAUGCUGAGUCAUCGCAACAUGAUCAGUUACACAGUCAAUGGGGUUGUCUACAACGAGUUUGUAGAGGCUAAGACUGGUGGCACAAAAGACGACUCGCAGCGCUGCAUUGCAAUCUUGCCAUUUGCACACAUCUAUGGCUUGACAACACUAGUCCAAAACUCGGUCGCUGGCGGUAAGACGCAGUACAUUCUUCGUAGAUUCAGCAUCGACCACUUUUUGCAGGCCAUCCAGGACUACAGGCUGCAGAUCGCUCCUGUCGUACCUGCCGUCUAUACGCAGAUUCUCAAGCACCCGAAGCUGCACAGAUAUGAUCUAUCGUCGCUGCGUGUCCUUGGAUGCGGUGCGGCACCCUUGGCUAAGAGUGUCCACGAGGGCAUUGCCAAGAUGUUCCCGAUCAAGGUCAGCCAGGGGUUCGGCAUGUCCGAGACUUGCAGCGGCAUAAUCCAGAUGGCAGCGUACAAGCCAGUCUUUGGUGCUGUUGGGUUCUUGUACUCUGGUGCCGAGGUAAAGUUUGUUGACCAGCAUGGCAAGGACCUGAGUGUUGGCCAGGAGGGCGAACUGUGCCUACGCGGCAGUCAGAUUAUGAUGGGCUAUCUCAACCGGCCAGAGGAGAAUGCCCAUGUGUUUGAUAAGGACGGGUUCUUCCACACCGGCGACGUCGGCUACAUCAACGAGACUGGCCAUGUGUUUAUUACUGACCGGAUCAAGGAGCUGAUCAAGUACAAGGGGCUGCAGGUAUCUGCAUCCGAGCUCGAGGACAUCCUCAUCACACACGAAGCAGUCAAUGAUGCAGCAGUCAUUGGCGUCCAUGAUCCUAAGCGCGAGACCGAGGUCCCUAUGGCAUACAUUGUUCUGGCUGAUUCCAUCGAUGCAUCGGAUAAGGCCAAGGUUGCCAAACUAUGCACGGAGGUCCAAGCAUUUCUGGCCUCCAAGGUUGCCGGACACAAGCAUCUGCGCGGCGGUGUUGAUGUCAUUGAAUCAAUCCCGCGCAAUGUGUCGGGCAAGAUUUUGAGGCGCGAGCUGAAGGUUCGGCAUAUGGCAAAAAUUGGUGCCAAGCUUUAAAUGAUGUAGUUUCUUCGAAAUACCAGGCACUGAUACAGUGACCAUGGCAGUGUCUGUAGCGACAUCCUUGCCAACAAAAAACAAUGGCUCCCACGGAAGGUAUCCCCGAGGUUGCGGCUGCUGCCGA